AUGGCCAGUGAUCCCAAAAAGUGCAAGACACCUUUCUACAGAAAAUAUCUACCUGAGCAUGGUGUGAUUUACACCAUCAAAGAAAUUAUUGAAAUGGAUGUUACACAGACAAACUCUUUACCGAAAGCAGUUCGUGUGAACGGAAAAUUGGCAGAGCAUGACAGCAGUUCGUGUCAGGCUGUCAUUACUUACUUGUCCAAAAACGUCCGGCUUACUGUUCAGACGCAAUUCAUCGAACCAAUUUUAUUUCCUCUGAACUCCCUUCUUCAGUUUUUGGGGGAUCUUGACUGGAACCCCUCCGAUGGCUCACCUAUUCUCAAAGCACGCACUGUACGCUGCGUCGAUGGGCUUGAUUUGAUUCUGUAUGAGAGAGCUUUGUCUGCUCAAAGAGCCUAUCUAUGCAGUCGUGAAGCAACAAGGAACUCUUCAGCCACUUCUGUUCCCAAAGAAUAA